AUGGCAUCAUUUCCCGUAUUGUUCACAAAUAUCCACUCAAUCACCAAAUCGAUUAUGGUAAAGAAAAGGAAUUCGUAUGUUUAUUCUGUUCAGCUUCAUAGUACAAUUCAGAAUGUGAAUAUCUGGUCUGAAGUUUUUAUUCCGGGGGAAUCCCUAUGGAAGCACGUAGACUUUAUUGGUCCGAGAUUCUACGAUAAAACAUUUAAAGUUCAUCCUAUUAAAACAUUACAUUACGACAAUAAUGAAAGCCAGAUAGUCGUUGAAGAAAAGGAUAAAAAAUACACAUAUAAAGGUUUUAUAUUUGUUGAAAAGGGGAAUAAAAUAUUUGUAUAUACUGAAAAGGUCAAAGUUGUACUGAUUAUAGUAUUUCCGUCUACAAAAUUUAAGUACGGAUUUAAUAAACUAUUGUAUAUUAGACAAUACCCGUUUGAAGCGGAACAGGAUAGGAAACUUAUUGUUAAAAACUUUUCAUCCAUAUCGGAUCUGUCUGAACAUUCACCCGUAAAGUCUGUUUCUCCAAAAACGGGUGGAGGACUUUACAUUUUCUCGUCCAAUAUUUUAGGUAUCAUCGCAGAUAUAACACCAAAGUAUUGUAAAAGGUGGCAUGAAGUGUUGGCCAGGAGGGAACAAAAGGUCCAGGAGUGGUUUAAAGAGGUAAUUAAACUUCGCAACGAUGGGAGAAUGCUCCUUCAUACGGAAUACAUACCCAAGAUUACCGUGUUAAAUGCAUCAAUAGUGGAAAAGGCAGAUGAAAAAUUUAUACGUGGCCUAAUUAAGCAGCUCCCUCUUCCAAAUUCUAAAAUGCAGUUUAUAAAAAACCCACUAUAUAUAUUAAAGUCACAGAUUCCGAAAAAUAAAAUUUUAAAAGGUGAUGGAACUCCCGUUGCUGAAUUCAAGGGUCAAGAGGUUUAUCUUAGGGACGACCUCGAGGAUAUAAAGACAUCUUUUGGAUGGCAUAAAUGUAACAGAAAAGUAAUUGAAGGUUCAAAGCCUGUAAUGAUUAGACAUAUGGCCAACAAAUUUACCGGAGGAAUGGAUUCUCAUUAUUUUGCAGAAUCACAGACCAUAUUGAUAGGCCAAAUUGAGUUAAAUGAUCAAGCUAUAGGAACUGGUUUUAGCAAAGUUGAUUUGACCGGUGACAGAUUUGUUUUCAAAGAUCAUGUAUACAUCAAGGGAAAACACCUCAAACAUCUUGAAUACGUUGCAAAGAACAUUGAUAUACAGUACAAAAGAGCAUUUUCUAGUUACUAUUACAAAAAAGGCACACCAUCCACAAAUAUUGAUGGAAUCGUAAUUGCGCAGGACAAACUUGACACAUUCUUGAGCUCAUAUAAUGGUUGUUUAAUACAUACAUAUAAUAUUGUCGUACCAGACUACAUAAAUUCUGUUGUUUUGAAGGAAAUAGAAUCGGAAAGAAAUACGUACAGAGGAUUCUGGCGAAACUUUUUCCUAACUCUCUUGAACAAACCACCCUCUCAAGCAUCAAAAUCGUACAGAGACAUAAAGAAUCAACUCAAGACAAACGUUGAAGAUUUCAUCAUCAAUCUCGAUAAAUUUGGCUCCUCUAAAGAUAGUAUUGAAAGUUAA